AUGAGCAACCAAAACACCUGCUCGGGCAAGACCUGCUGCGGGCACCCAGCCUGCGAGGUGCUCAAGUCGCGCAACUGGUGCGGCCGCUGGGUCUUCUUCCGCCUCACGUCGCCCCGGCCCGUGAUGCCGUCCGAGGCGCUCGCGGAGCUGCGCCAGCGCCUCGGGCAGGAGGACCUGCGCUUCUACUCGUCGCUCGACGACGGCGGCACGCUGUACGAGGGCGUGGUGCGGCUGCCCGACGGAGCGUCCUCGGCGGAGGACGUGCUCCCGCCGCCCAAGGGCAGCAAGUUUGACGGCGAGCGCAGCCGCGUGUGGCGCCUCAGCUGCUGCUGGGACGCGCUCGACUGGGAUGUGCCCGUGUGGACGCACGCGCUCAAGGCGGGCGAGGGGAUGGGCUUUGGUGAUCGUGGGCUGAUGACGGAGUUGGACAAUAUGGUUCACUUUGCGCGCAGGGACACGGGGGUCUAA